AUGUCAGAUGAUAAAGGCUCACUUGAUUACUUUCCAAUCUAUUCAUUUCUCUUUUCGAAUGAAAAAGGGUCUAGUUUAUAUAAUGCUUAUGAUCAGGAUCAAGUAGAUAAUAAAUUAGUUAUCAAAAUUGACCAAGAUGAUGACAUUUCAGAAGUAUAUGGUUUACCUGGGAUUCACGAAUGCAUUAAUGGCCAAAAGCCUUUAAGAGCUGUGAUUGAUAUUGAUGCGUCGAAAGAAGAUAUGGAAAUAGUUAGUGUUAUGGGACAGGAAUUGGAAAGAUAUUCUCAAAGGGUUAAAUUGGUAUAUACCUUAACAGAUGAAAAAUAUGGUAAGUUUAUUGAUCAAAAAUUAUCUGGUCAAAAUUUUAACCUUCGUCUUAUCGGUUCAGCAAAAAAAGGACGUGUGAAGCGUAUCCUUCAGUUUUCACUAGAUAAUGG